AUGAAUAUAGGCCAAAUUGAUGAUUCAAGAUCUAUUAUAUAUAGGAAAUAUUCUAGAUAUGCUCCUCAAAUAUCUGUAAUUACUGAGUUAAUUAUUUUAAGUGGCAUCAUUUGUGGAUUUAUUGCUGCAAUCUUUCAAAUUAAAUGGAUGAUGUUUUUAACUACAUUUUUGAUGUUAUCUAGUAUUUUAUCAUCUGAUGGGAGUGAUUAUCAAAGAAGUAUGAUAUUAAUAGGAUUUCUUGUUAUGGGUUUUAUGACUCAAUAUAUAGUACCUAAUAUAAUGUCACAUAUAGAAUCUACUGAUAAUAUACAAAUGAAAGAAACAAAUGAAAUAAAAUCUUAA